AUGGAAAAAAAGGAUGAUUCAGCGUACUGGGCGAGAAAAAAAUCUCUGCCGCCUUCGGAACAACUGCUCCGUGGCGAAUUGGGCGCUUUGCUUAGCGAUGGGGUCAAUGACACGAGUUAUCUAGAAGAGGAACAGUCACAAGUUAAACAGGAAUUGAUUAUACUUUGUACCAAGUUUAAAAAAUGUCUUGAUUUGCGUGACAAAUACAUGGCCCUCUCAUUACAAAGAUUAGGCGACAAUCCUAAGGAUCGAGAUGAUUGGAAGAUCUAUCCGCCCCCACCGUACAGAGCUUUCGCACAAUCUCGGUCAUGCAAUGAACCGCUUGUUGUCAAUGAAAAUGACGAAAAGAGAACCCCCGUUGAAGUGGGAGAAGACUUUUCUUUCGAGGAAUGCGAGAUACCCGAGGAACACGAAUACUCUUUCGCGAUCGAUGAUCAAGGCGUCUUUCAAGUAUACAAGACCCAAGACGAUCUCGAAGGGGGUAAGCCGGCUUACCGAGUUCCGGACACGAAAGAGUACUUCAUGGACCUUGAUUGCAUUCUUGAAAUAAUCUCAUACGGUCCGGUGAAAAGUUACGCGUACAGGCGUUUGUUAUAUCUGGAGAGCAAGUGGGACAUGUACACUUUGUUAAAAGAAUUCAAGGAAAUCGCCGACUCAAAGGACCAAGUUAUCAACAGGGACAAUAAAAUUCUCACGCUGAUCGAAGUGUUCGAGAGUUUGAAACUGACCGCGUACGACCUUAGCAUUGACACGUUGGACAUGCAUGCUCACACCGACACGUUCCAUCGAUUCGAUAAAUUUAACUUGAAAUAUAAUCCCGUCGGGGAAUCUCGAUUGAGAGAAAUUUUCCUGAAAACAGAUAAUUUCAUCAACGGCAGAUACCUGGCAGAGCUCACCAAAGAGGUCAUAGCCGAUCUUGAGGCGAGCAAGUAUCAGAUGGCCGAAUAUCGAGUUUCAAUUUAUGGACGUUCAAGGAAUGAGUGGGAUAAGCUUGCGAAAUGGGUGGUGUCUCACAAACUAUUCUCUCUGAAUGUUCGCUGGCUGAUUCAAGUGCCGAGACUUUACAGCACAUACAGGGAGGCAAAAAUUGUGGAAAAUUUCGAGGACAUCGUAAAAAACAUCUUCGAACCGUUGUUUGAGGUCACCAAGGAUCCGCGAACUCACCCGGAAUUGCAUGUGUUUCUUCAGCGCGUGGUGGGGUUUGAUAGCGUGGAUGAUGAAUCUAAGGCUGAAAGAAGAAUUCACAAGAAAUAUCCGCGUCCAAAAGAGUGGAUCACCACUCUCAAUCCACCGUACUCCUACUACCUGUACUACAUGGGUCUGAACAUAAGUUUAAGUACAGAUGACCCGCUCCAAUUUCAUUUCACCAAGGAACCCUUGAUAGAGGAGUACAGCGUUGCCGCACAAAUUUGGAAGCUGUCGUCCUCGGACAUGUGUGAACUUGCACGUAACUCGGUCGUUCAAAGUGGAUUUGAGAUGGCCAUCAAAAAACAUUGGCUCGGGGUCAACUGGUUCUUAUCCGGAGAGCACGGGAACGACAUCCAUAAAACCAACGUUCCAAACAUCAGAAUGCAAUUCCGCCGGGAGACACUGGAGGAGGAAAUCAAGACGAUCGAAGAUUAUUCGGUGAAAUCAGCUCCUUCGUUUGACCGAAGUUACUUUCAAUUGGAAGCCACCUCACCCCUGGGCUCGCCGACCCAAGGGAAGAAUAAGUUGUUUUUCUCGGAGACCGAUGUGGACGUUAUCCCUGGUGUCGCCAUGUUUUACGAAAGGGCGCAUAAGCUUCCCAAAAAAUACAGAAAAUCGAAUGUGGAUGAGUGA